CUCCGACAUAAAACCUGACAUUUGAAAACCUUACACAGGUUUGCCGCCAUGUUAAAUCCCCUCCGAUCUAUUAAUUUGACCCCCAUGAGACCCGACACCACCGAAGAAGCGAACAGGGAUGUACAAGGCAGGGUAUCAUCUCGAAGCAACAAGUAGUCUCUGUGCCAGCGAACAGGACCGGAUGUAUGGAUCACAACACAACGCAUCGUGACAACACAUCGACGGUGGCUAUUGGAAGUCGAGCACAAAGAUGAGGCUGAGAAACUCUGCGAGGCUUCACAGCAGCAAUUGCGGCUGAUUUAUGGAGCCCUGACAGCCCGAAAUCCAAAAGAAAGCUCUGAUUGGCUGACCACAAGGCAGUCAAGUUGGACUAAAUGGAGGAGACGGAGUGGAGAACAGCAGAGCUGGAGAAAAACCAUUUCGUCCACUAGGAGGAGCGUUGUGAGACCUUGGUAAAGUUGGAUUGCAUUAUCAUCAUCUACCCAUAUCAUACAGACGCACGUGAAUCCGCCUGCGCGCCCGCUGCUGCGUCCGCGUCCCGGCCCAAGGCAGCAUGACUCUGUCCGGCGGUUUGUCGGAUACUUGUCAGCUCGUUUCGCGCGACCGCAUGGAGCCGCGGCUGUGGAAGUGAGGGGGCUCCGUCCACAACAGGCUUUUCUGGGGCUGCUGCUGCUGCUGCUGGUGGUGCUGCUGGUGCAACGCGCCGUUGGAGCAGAACGCCCGACUUCUACCGUGCAGACUCCGGGCGCUACGAUGCGGGGCACCCUGGGCGCAUUCAUCCAGUCCUGCCUGCUGCUGCUGGUCCGAGCAGACGCGUGGAGGCUGAAGGACUCCGCCGACUGCGAGCUCAACGGGAAACAAACCGACCUAAACUCCUUCCUGUGGACAAUCAAACGGGACCCUCCCUCAUAUUUCUAUGGUACAAUCCACGUUCCGUACACGCGCGUUUGGGACUUCAUCCCCGAGAACUCCAAGCUGGCCUUCCAGGAGAGCAACAUCGUCUACUUUGAGCUGGACCUGACGGACCCUUACACCAUCUCAGCGCUGACCAGCUGUCAGCUGCUCCCCCAGGGGGAGAACCUGCAGGACGUCCUCCCCCGGGACAUCUAUCGGAGACUCAAAAGACACCUUGAGUACGUGAAACUCAUGAUGCCCUCGUGGAUGACGCCCGAUCAGAGGGGCAAGGGACUGUACGCAGACUACCUCUUCAACGCCAUCGCCGGGAACUGGGAGAGGAAGCGGCCAGUUUGGGUGAUGCUGAUGGUGAACUCGCUGACCGAAGCGGACAUCAAGACGCGAGGGGUGCCGGUGCUGGACCUCUACCUGGCCCAGGAGGCGGAGAGGAUGAGGAAGAGGACGGGCGCCGUCGAGAAGGUGGAGGAGCAGUGUCAUCCGCUCAACGGGCUCAACUUCUCCCAGGUGAUCUUUGCCCUGAACCAGACGUUGUUACAGCAGGAGUCUCUGAGGGCGGGAAGCCUCCAGGUUCCGUACACCACCGAAGAUCUCAUCAGGCACUAUAACUGUGGCGAUCUCAACUCCAUCAUCUUUAAUCACGACACAUCACAGGUUCCUAACUUCAAUAACGUGACACUGCCACCCAGUGAGCAGGUGACGGCCCAGGAAAUAGACAGCUACUUCCGACAGGAACUCAUCUACAAAAGGAAUGAGCGGAUGGGCAAGAGGGUCAAGGCCCUGCUGGAGGAGCACCCUGAAAAGAGCUUCUUCUUCGCCUUCGGAGCAGGUCACUUUCUCGGCAACAAUACAGUCAUUGAUGUGCUUCGUCGCCAGGGAUACGAGGUGGAGCACACCCCUGCUGGGCAGCCCAUAAACAGGAGAUCAUCGCUGCGACCAGAGUCCGAGGACCACUACGACGAGUCCCCUCUCCUGGAGCCUUUCCUGCACGAGCUCCCCCACAAAGAGGAGGACCAGGGGCGCACCCUGGAGGAGGAUCUGCUGCCACACAUGCUUCUGCCACCGGACAGCCUGGAGCUGCUGGAAAAAGCGGAGAGGAAAAUGCUGAAGAAAAAGAGGCGGAACAGGCAGAAGAAGCAGCGGCACCGGCAUUUCAACGACCUCUGGGUUCGCAUCGAGGAGAGGAGAAAGGAGCAGAAGCACGAUGGUGCAGUCCCCGCCCCCCCCGCUGGUUCGCAUCAUCAAUGGCUACAUCACAGUGCAGCCACCUGACAGAGUCCACAGCCACCACGACCACCAGCACCACCACACACCUUCGGCGUCACCCGCCUCCUCGCGCUGGUCGCCUGUCCUCGUCUCCCUCUGCACAUUGCUUCCACUGAUGUGGAGUGUUUUCCUUUAGUAGAGGCCGUGAGACCUAGUGACUCUCUGAGACUGUCGACAGGAAAAGAAGAAAAAGCACGCGGAAAGCAUGUGACACCAAUUCUAGCAGUCAGGUAACAGUACACUCCAUGGAUGUUAGGUUAGAUAAUGUCUGCGUUGCAGGGACAGAACGGUAAAUCAUGCCAAUAGAGCAUGUCUCUUACAAAUUGAGGCCUUGAUGAGCAUGUAAGCUCAUAUACCGUGAGCUCUCUUGGAACGUGACGCUUUCAUGAGGUUUCAGUUAAUUUUACGCUGAGCAUCGGGAGCCAGUGCUAGGGGGCGCAGCGUGAAAGAAACGUGAAAGCCCACAAACAGGAAGUAUUAUCCCACGUCUCACAGACAUUGCAAAACAAAAAAAAAAGGAAAGUCAGUUCCCUUAUGGGUUAUAGUGUUACAGUAGACACUCAUCAUUCAACGUCCAGAGCCUCUGAGGAUAUAUGAGAUCUCACUCAAGUGACUGUUCGGUGAAUAGACACAAGGACGCCAUUAAACAGUUGAAUAUCAUGUACCCUCGAUAAGUGCAACUGGAACCAUAUACCCUGUGUGUGCGCGUGUGUGAUGCCUGUGUGUGUGUGUGUGUGUGUGUGUGUGUGUGUGUGUGUGUGUGUGUGUGUGUGUGUGUGUGUGUGUGUGUGUGUGUGUGUGUGUGUGUGUGUGUGUGUGUGUGUGUGUGUGUGUGUGUGUGUGUGUGUGUGUGUGUGUGCGCGUCAGCUCUUAAUCCCCCGGCGUUCCUCUUCAGGACUUAAUAUACAGUAUUCUUCCAUUUUAGAAGAAAAAUGAUGUAUAAAAGGGGGGGAAAUUGUACAUAUUGUUUCUAAAUAUUAUAGAUGUAUUUUAGAAUUAUAAAAAAAAAAUGAAAAUUAUCAAAAGUUUUGUCGUUGUUUAUAUAAAUAUAUAAAUAGAUAUGCAGUAUAUUUUUUUGAAAAGAAAUCAGGAACUAACCACCACCAUAGCCGGCGUCAUUUGUGUGUCAGUGAAAUGCCUUCUUUUUUUUUUUUUUAAAGGGACAGAGGAUUUUACUGUACGAUAUGUAUCAGUGUUAUCACUCGCUUUGCUGUAUGUGUCUGCUGAAAGGAUUCAUGUCAAUGUAUUUUACAUAGAGACCAUUUUAUUUAUUUAAUUGUUACUACUAUAGUUUUGCUGUAGGCUAUAUGAAAUAUUCCCAUUGUUUAAAUUUUGUUUUUUGUCACCAUGAUGUCCAAAUGUGUUAUUUCAAAUGCAAUGAUACUUCAGUUUUACAUACACAAAGCUGUCUACACAGACAGACCACCUACAGCAUGGUGCUUUAGGCCUUUCACAUUUCACGGAUGGCAUAUGAGGUAACUGUAGUAGUAUUACCGUGACAACAAUAAAAUAUUUAUCUAGAUUCAUA